CGCUCCCUCCCGGCAAAUCCUCCUCCUCUGAUUCACCAGCAAGAAGGGAUUCGGAGCCUGCUCAUCAGCUUUUUCUCUCUCUAGGGUUUCGUCUUGCUCCUCCAGCAGCGCCAGGUUCGUCUCCGUUCGCGCGACAGCUUUCGGCUUCUUCUGUUUUCCUUUGUUUUGGGUUUCCUGUUUGGAUUCUAGAGGGAGCGUUUCUUCGUUUUCUCCCUCGACAUUGCUGGUGGCUUCCAUGGAGAAAGUGUCUGAGAAGUUGAAGCAAGCGGAGUUGAAGAAGGAGGGCAUUUCCGAGGCGUAUGAGCAAGUGCACGCUCAGGCAUCGAAUCUCCUGUCUUUCGCUCUCAUGUGGAAGGAUUUGGAGGAGCAUUUCGACGGCAUCCAGAGGUCGUUGGAAUGCCGCUCCGAGCAGCUCCUCGAGAGGGAGAGGUCGCUCGAGGAGCGCCGCCGCGUAGUCGAGUCCAAGGAGGGCGAGUUGUGUUCGUUGCAACGGAGGAUCGAGGAAUGUGAGGGGGAGAUUGGUGGAAAGACGAGGGAACUGACUUCGGUGAAGGAACAGGUCAAGAGGCUGUGUGAUGAGCGCGAGUCGGAGGAGAAGCGGUUAGUUCUAACGCGUGGCGAGCUCAGUGAUUGCGUUUCCUUGAUCAGAGAUAAGGAGGAGGAGUUGAGUUCUCUGAGGAAGUCGAUGGAGGAGUGUGUUGGGAACUAUAGUUCGAAAAAAGUGGAGAUGGACCUGCUGCAACAGAAAGUAAGCUUGCUAGAGAAAAAAGUUGGACAGUUGCAGAUUUCGCUAGAGGAGAAUGCUAGGGAACUAGAUCUGGAAAGAGAGAAGUUGGAAUCGACGAGGAGUUCUCACAAAAAAUUGUGUGGGGAGGUCGAUCUCAAAAGACUGGACUUGAGUAUGGUAGAGAAUUUGCUCGAGGAUAGAUACGAAACAGCGUGCACGAGAGAGAAUCAGUUGAGCAGUCUGGAACACUCUAUCGAAGAGCUUGACAGGGUGAUCGUGCUCAAACAGGGAGAAUUGCAGUCUCUCGAAGAUGAGAUAAACGACGGCUGCCUUGAACUUCAAGUUAAGGAGGAGGAACUUGGUCGAGUCAAGAAAUGCGUCGAAGAGUCUACUAAAGCACUCGAAUCGAAAGAGAGUCUCCUUCAUUCAACAAAAGCAUUGAUCAAGGAGAACAAUGAAAAGCUUGAAUCGAAGCAAAAGCAGUAUGAUGCAAUUGAAAAGUUGAUCAGUGACCGGUCGGUGGCACUUGAUUCGAAAGAGAAGGUGUUCAGGUUCAUUGAAAUGACUAUCGGAAAGCUAUCGGAAGAUCUUAAGUCCAAGGAAGGUCAUUUGGAGGGUAUCAGGAAGUGCAUAGAGCAGCUUGAAGAGGAAAUGAAGUCAAAAAACGAAGAGCUUGCUUCAGUCGAAGGAAAAGAAAGAAAGGUUGGCAGAUCUCUUGAAUAUAUAUGCAGGGAAUUAAGUACAACCAAACGGUCUAUAAAAGACCUCGAUCUUGAACUUGAAUCCAAAAGGAAACAGCUAGAGUCCAUCGAAAUUCAAAAUAGGAAAUCUGCAGAGAGACUUCAACUGAAAGAACAAGAGUAUGCUUCCAUCCAAAGCUCAAUUCUUGAAUGCUCACUGACCCUCGAGUCGGAAAAGAAGCAACUGGAUUUGAUGCAGAAGUCUAUGGCAGAGUGCUCUCAAGAGCUUGAAUUUAGAAAAGGGCAGUUGGAUCAAAUUGAAGAGAGGAGCAAGAAAGGCCGCAGACAUCUUGAUCUCAAGGAAAAGCACCUUCGUGCGCUUGACUUGUUAACGGAAGAAUGCUGUAAGAUACUCGAAAUGAGAAAGAAGGAUUGUGAGGUCCAACGUAAUGAACUAGAAUUGAGGAAGGAGCGACUUGAUUUGAUUGACAAGGCACUCGAGACCCGCACUAGGGAAUUGGAGCUGAGAGAGAGUUUUAAUGCUCUUUCUGGGUUAAUGACACAUGCAUUAGCAAAUGUAUCUGCUUCGGCUUCAGAAGUAAAUUCUCAACCCGGAAUUGGCGUUGAUGGAAAGAAUCUGCUCAUGUUCCUAGGUCAGCAAUUCAAGGAGCACGACAGGGCGUUCUCUAAGGCACUGGAAAUAAUCCAAACAUCAACUGAUGCGGCAAAAUUGGUGUUAGAUGGCAUUGAAGGAUUCUAUCCUCAGGACUCGAGCAAUGGAGAUGGAUUAGAUAUUGGUAUAAUCAGAAGGGUUUGUAUCUUCCUCUUAGAGUCUAUAAUAAAAUUUUCAGCAAAGGUGAAGCCUCAGGUGAGGGAAGCUGCAAGGAAACUGGCCUUUGAAUGGAAGGCGAAGCUAAAUGUUUUGCCAUCACCAGAGAAUUAUUUGGAGAUCUGGGGUUUUUUGCAACUUUUAGUGGCAUAUAAGCUGGGUUCCGAUUUCGAUGCAAAUGAAAUUCAAAAUCUUGUCAAUUUUGUAUUGCAACUCAGAAAGGGGCAUGGAUUGCGCCAGCUCCUAGGUUCUUCAGAUGCACAACCUGGCUCCUUGAGAUCCACUCAACAGUGGCAUAUAAAGACUGAGGAGUCAGAGCAUUGUAUUGUGCAUAAUGCAGACGAUUCUUCUGGUGGGAUUACUCCACCACCAACUGGCUCUGUUGGAGGAACUCUGCAGUUUCUCCAAACUGAGCUUUUGACUGAAGAUCAUGCAACACUUGAAGAAAUCUCGGAUGUUCUGCAAAGCUCCUCUGACCCUGCAGAACUUAUCCUGUAUGUAAUUGAGGGGUCUCAUAGGCAAUUCUCAAAUAGUAUGGAUAUGAAUUUGGAUACUGAUCAUCUCAGGAGUCAAAUUUUUCUGUUAGAGCAGCUGAUAAAAGUUUCACCUUCAACAACGAAUGAAGUUAAAAAAGAAGCAAUGAACCUGGCAAUAGAAUGGAAAAUGAAACUGACAGAAAAAGCCGAGAGUUCGUUAGAGGUUUCCCGUUUUCUGCAUUUCUUGGCUGCAUUUAAGUUGGUUUCUUCCUUCAAUGAAAAUGAGAUUCUGAAUCUAGCAGAUCGUGUUUCGCUGAAUGACAAUGCUCCUCUGUUACGCCAGGCCCUUGGUCUUGCCAGCAGGGUGACGGUGCCAGCUAGCACACUUGCUUCUUCCUCUGGAGUCCAUCUGCAACCGCAUAGAGAGAGGAAACGUAUCGCUAGUGGCCCUGCAAUCGAUCAGCAAUCCGAACAGCACCUCCAUAAGUGCAGAUACCUGAUGAAAAAUCCAGUUCACCCUGUGAAUAUCUGAUACAACUCUCAUCCUUUUUGAGUCACGAGCUAAUCACCCUUGAGCACUAAGGUAUUCUCUCCUAACAUUAGGCCUGAGCUUUAUCUGCCGCUGCCAGUUGCCUCUGACAUCGGCAAAGACAAAUCUUGUGUUUGUUUUCGGCAAUGGUGGUGCUGAUGAAGGACGGAAUGUAUAGAUAGGUUAACAUGUGCAUUGUCUCGCUCUUGGAAAGUAAGUUAAUGCUCUGUAUAUAGAAAACUUAUCCUAGGCAGCUCUCAACAAGGUUGAUGUGAUUGUGCAGGAUGAUGGGAACAUGCAAGUAACUUGUGCAUUUAUGACCACGUAGCUAUUUUGCUCGCAGUUUUUAGCUUGAAUUCGCGAUCUAUUUCAUAGUGUAUCUAGGCGAAGGUAUGAUUAUA